GUGUGUGUGUGUGUGUGUGUGUUUGAUCUGGUAGAACUCACUCUGGAAUAAGCAGCGUUGAAACGUGUUUGUGCCAGUGUUAGAACCAAAACCAACAUUCAGCUUGUGUGUGCGAUACUUUGUUUACCAAAAACAGAACAAAACUGAAAACUGAAAAAAAAAGAAAGGCAACCCAAGCCUUCUUGUUUAGCAUGGGUGUGCCAGCAUAUCCACUCUAUAUAUAUGCUCGCUGGAUGGAUGUAGAUGAGUCCUGUGCUUUGCAGCAAAGUGUUUUAAAACGUGUUCAUUUGUCAAAAGGUUCUUAGUCAAAAGUGGGGGUCCUACCUGGAGCUGCCCAGCUCCCCAGUCCUGCCACCCACCAGUCUGUGCUUUGCUUUCUCCUCUGUGCCCUGUGAGUGAGUGCCGGCCAGACGGAUGACUGCGUGUGCCACAAUGAGCCAGCAGGGGGACUCGGAGGCGGAGAGCUCCCAGCCGCUGGUUUACACCCUGGAAGAGCUGGAGUGCAAGAUCUGCUACAACCGCUACAACACGCGCAACCGCAAGCCCAAAGUGCUCAGCUGCCUGCACCGCGUCUGCACCAAAUGCCUCAAGAAGAUCGUGGACGUGGGCGACUCCUCGCCCAGCAUCAUCAGCUGCCCCUUCUGCCGCCACGAGACCCACGUGCCGGAUGAGGAGGUGUGGCUCCUCGAGGAUGACAGCAACAUCCUGGCCAUCCUCACCUACCAGGACAGGGUGCGGCAGGGCGGGGCGGACGGGGCCCCAGCGGAGGUGGUGCUGACCCCCAGCAGCCUGAGCGGGGGAGGGGGAGGGGGUGAGCAGUCCCACAGCUCCUCCGACUGCCUGGUCAUCACCAUCAUGGAGGUGCCGGGAGAGGAGUCUCCCCCUGCGGAGACCGUGAGCAUGCUGAACAUGGUGCGGCUCUACCGGCCGCCCAGCCUGGACUCACUGCCCUGCCACCUGCCCGGGCACAAGUGCCGCUCCUGGACCUCCAGGACAUUCCCACGCUGCAUCAUUGGCUUCCUAUGCCUCGUCUACUUCAGCUCCCUGCCCCUGGGCAUCUACCUGCUCAUGAUCCAGCACCUCGUCCUGGGGGUUAUCCUGGUCAGCCUGGUGCCCUCCACCCUGGUCCUCUGCGUCUUCUAUGGGUUCUGCCAGUGCCUGUGCCACGAAAUCACGGAGUUCAUUGCCACAUGACACCCCCCCCCACACACACACACGCACGCACACACACACACACACACACACACACACACACACACACACACACACACACACACACACACCUCCCCUUCUCCUUCUGUCGCUUCACCAGUGACUGGAGUCAAGGCAGGCAAGGCUGGGACGCGCUAUACUGAGCUAGCAAUCGUUAUCACCCUAUCUGCUCUAGUUACUAGCACUGCUGGAGGACGCUGCUGUCCUGUGAAAGCAAAGGCAGUCAUUUAACUUUGCUAUUUGUUUUACAUCCUGCAGUCUGGACAAACGAUUAUCACAGUGUGAUGAAAAGUAUUUUUUGUAUGUACACUAAAGGUUUAAAUGAUUACAAAAUCAGAAUCCCUUCUUCGCUGUGUAGAAUGAAAGUGUGCACAGUGCAGUUUCUCUCUCUCUCUCUCUCUCUCUCUCUC